GGCUCCUUUAUAAGGCGCGCGGGCGUGCAGUGGUGGUGUUGCCGGCGGCGCUGGGAACUUUGCAUUGCCUUUGGUGGUGAGACUUGCAGCAGCAGCAGCAGCAAUAAGCGCGCUCCAGCCAUGGACCUGCCUCCUGGAAUCUUUAUUUUCAUGACCGAAAACAGCACCGAUGAACCAGGCUCUGGUGAUGAUGGAGACUACCAAGAGGUGUGUUUGCAACAGGAAAAUGCCGAUUUCAACCGUAUCUUCUUGCCCACCAUCUUCUCCAUCAUCUUCCUGACGGGAAUCAUUGGCAAUGGCUUGGUUAUUGUGGUCAUGGGCUAUCAAAAGAAGCUGAGGAGCAUGACCGACAAAUAUAGGCUACACCUCUCGGUGGCCGACCUCCUCUUUGUCAUCACGUUGCCCUUCUGGUCUGUGGAUGCCGUCAUCAGCUGGUACUUUGGGAAUUUCCUAUGCAAAGCGGUCCACUUCAUUUACACGGUCAACCUGUACAGCAGUGUCCUCAUUCUGGCCUUCAUUAGCUUAGACCGGUACCUGGCUAUCGUCCAUGCCACCAACAGCCAGAGACCCAGGAAGCUGCUGGCUGAAAGGAUUGUCUAUGUUGGGGUUUGGCUGCCUGCCCUGCUCUUGACCGUGCCUGAUAUCAUCUUCGCCAGCACUAGCGAGGUUGGCGGGAAAUACGUCUGCCAGCGGUUUUACCCUCAUGAAACUUGGUUGAUUUCCUUUAGGUUCCAGCAUAUCCUGGUCGGCCUUGUUUUGCCUGGCCUCAUAAUCCUGACUUGCUACUGCAUUAUUAUUUCCAAGCUGUCCCACUCCAAAGGCCAUCAGAAGCGCAAAGCCUUGAAGACCACUGUUAUCCUGAUCGUUGCCUUCUUUGCCUGCUGGCUGCCCUACCACAUUGGCAUCAGCAUAGACACCUUUGUCCUCCUUGGAUUCAUCGAGAACGGCUGCACCUUUGAGGCGAUCCUGCAAAAAUGGAUCUCCAUUACUGAAGCCCUGGCAUUUUUCCACUGUUGCCUGAACCCCAUACUUUACGCUUUUCUGGGUGCCAAAUUCAAGACAUCUGCCCAAAAUGCUUUGACCUCUGUCAGCAGAGGCUCAAGUUUGAAGAUCCUUUCCAAAGGCAAACGAGGGGGGCAUUCAUCUGUUUCGACAGAGUCGGAGUCUUCCAGUUUCCAUUCCAGCUAACAACGUCUUGGGUUUCUUUUUCUCUGAAUUUGUAAAGAAUGAGACUCAUGUAUAUAUAUAAUAUGCAUACAUACACACAUUCCACCAGAUUUUGGAGGGUGAUGUCCUCCAAGAUCAUGUAUAAGUUUAUUCCCAGUUGGAAUAUUAUAUUUGUUUAGUUUUCUCUGGACUUAUUUAUAAAACAAAAGCCUGUACAUAUUGAUCUAAGAAUGUCUAGGCAGGACCUGAGAACAAGUGACCCUUUGACCAAGUUUUACUACUUGUUUAUCUAGUUUUACAAACUAAAUACACGAGCAUAGUGUAUUGACCUGUGUGAGUUGUUUGUAUAUAAAAGAAGUAUACCUGUUGAAAGAAUGUAUAAUCUUCUGUAUUCAGGACUUUCCCAGAUAGUAUAAGCCCAGAUAGCAUAAGCCUCAUUUUCAUCGAGAGGCCUUAUGGUUGCCUUCAAAGAGCCAUUGUAAUUGUGGAUAGAGAAUCCAAUUACAACCAAUGGCACUUACAACCAAAGUUUGUCUGUCAGUUGCUUCUUUGUGGGAUGUAGCAAAUGGGUUUGCAAAUUGCUGCCACUGUAAAGAUGUAAAUAAAAAUUUGUGGAAAAGAAAA